GGCGUGAUGGCGGCGGCGGAGGCUGCGGCCCGGGCGGUAGCGGUGGGCCCGGCGGCCGCUAUGGCGGCAGCGGCAGCAGCAGCGGGGCAACGGCUGCUGCUGCGGGCGGCGGGGGCAGGGGCCGGGGCGGCCGAGCGGGUGGAGCCGGUACGGGGCCGCGGCGGGCUGUGAGGAGAAGCCAUGGAGCGGCCCGGGAGCGGCGGCGCCGAGGGGGCCUGGGCCGCGCUGCUGGGCCGGCAGCACCAGGCCCGGGAGUUCUGCCCGGGGGUGAACAACCAGCCCUACGUGUGCGAGACCGGGCACUGCUGCGGGGAGACCGGCUGCUGCACCUACUACUACGAGCUGUGGUGGUUCUGGCUCCUCUGGACCAUCCUCAUCCUCUUCAGCUGCUGCUGCGCUUACCGGCACCGCCGGGCCAAGCUGCGGCUGCAGCAGCAACAGCGGCAGCGGGAGAUCAACCUCAUCGCCUACCACGGUGCCUGCAACUACCCCGCCUCCAUGAUGGACCUCAGGAUGCUGGCCUCCUUUAAGCUGCCAGCCUAUGAAGAGGUGGCCCACCGGCCCAGCACCCCGCCACCACCAUACAGCACCAUCCUGGCUCAGUUGGGUGGCUCCUGUGGUGCCCCUGGCUCUAGCAGCCUCACACUCUCGCCCAGCUCUGCCAACUCCAGCAGCAGCUGCUCGUGUGACUCCAGCUGUGCCACAUCCCCCAGCAGCACCUCACUGUCGGCACCAGGCACGGAUGACACUGAGCGCAGCCGUGCCAGCACGCCCAGCCAUGAUGGUGAAGGUGGCACUGGCACCAGUAGCACUGGAACUGGCGCCAGCUGGGAGCUGCCCUCUGCUGAAGUGCCAGCGCGUGGGGCCCCACCAAAACACGCCUUGUUCUCCUCCACCGUGGACUUCUUCGAGGCUGAUGGGCACCUCUGCUCUGACAUCGAGGAGGGUGAGGAGGAAGAGGGUGGCAUGGCCCAGGAUGAAGGUGGCAGUGGCAGUGAGCAUUUCAGGCACCGACGGCUGACAGGGGACUCGGGCAUUGAAGUGGGACGAUGCCAGGAGGAGGAAGAGGGUGAAGGUGAAGGCACCCACCUCCUGGGCAAGGCCGGCCCCAUGCCCCCACCUCACUGCCCAUCUGAGGGGCCUGGCUCGCCCGCUCUGCCUGUUUGAGCCUCAGAAACAUCCCCUGUCUGAACCGAGGCCCCUUCUGCCUGGUUCCCCCAUCUCGGCCUUGGAGGAGCCAUGGGGCACAGCAAGUGUGACUCCUUUGCUCUGAGGGCACCUGGUGAGGAACGGGCAGCACUUUGGAGAGACUCCCCCUGCGUGCCCAUGGUGUGGGGCAGUGUCCUGGGGUAUGGACUCUCCUCGUGGAGCCCCCGACUGACUCCCCCCACCACACCCCAAUGGAGUGUCCCCCCUCUCCUCUGAACUGCUUCCAGGGGCCCUGCACCAGCCCUGCAGCCCAACCUGUCCUGUGCUGGUGUAAGGGAUCCCCCAACUCCGCCUGGGGCUGGGCAGCUCACGUAGCGUUUGCACACCAUUAAAAGAGAUGUGGAAGUA